GACGGGAGUGUGAGAUGUGAUAGCUUCGCGAGAUGUGUGGUUCGUGGGGUGAGUCAUGCACGUAGACGUUCUGGGAUUGUACUUUUUUUUUCCUGCUUUUUUCUUUCCCCUUUUAAUUAGAUCUCGCGACUGGUUUUUAUGCGUUUCGUUUUAGCAGGGCCAAUAAACGGGACGGGCGUUAUGGUUAUAAUCUGUCGCGUUCAUGCAGCCGUUAGCUGUCGUUGAAUGCAUUUCAAUGUGUUUGAUUUGGGUGUGUGUGGCUCCUGGGCGGGCAAGGCGGGAUGGCUGUUCCGACUAGGCCGUCUUGCGAAUGCUCGCUGGGCCAUCUAUACCGUCGUUUGGGCGGCUCCAUUGCAGCUGAUGGCGAUCAGGUUUGUUUCUGGUAAGAAUCGCAGAGGCUAGGGCAUGCAGCUUGAAGAGCGGUGGCGGAAGAGCGGGUGGAUAGCGAUAACAACGCACUCGUUUAUUUUGAUUUUCACGGCCGUGUCUUCCUGUCUCGGCGAUCGAUAGUUUGACGGCAAAAAGAAACAAACGAAAAGUAAAGCAAACCUGUCAUCACAAUGGCUGACACAAGGCACAUGCCGGCUAAGGCUGAACAAGGUUUGGCCGCCGUUUGACUUGCGCGCCGUAGCGUCAGGGGAGGACUAAGGGGACGCGGAAUGUUUCAGCGCCUGUUUUUUUCUUCUUCUCUUUCUCCUUCUAGCUCGCCUUCUGGAC